AUGUUACCUGAACAUCAACUUCUACGUGAAAAAAUUGAAAACCAGGGGUGUGGGUGGGUGUUGGUGUGGAUAUGUAGAACACUUCAUCCUCUAAAGGCCCACACCCACACCCCUAUUCUCGAUAAUAUCCGACCAUUAGAAACAACAAAACUACAUUUAUGGUAUUAUGAUCAAACACAUGAUAAUCUAUGUGAAAUUGAUAUUAGAUCUGUUGAAGAUGUUCUUUCACAUUCAGCUAUGGGUACUUUUGCUAAUUGCUCAACUGGUUCAAAUAGAGGUUGCGAUGAAUUAGUUCCACAUUAUAUUGAUCUUAUUCAUGAAACGAAAUUUUAUCCCAAAUGA